GGCGGGGCUGUUUCUCUCUCUCCCCCCGAUUUCAUCAGAUUACAAACUCCGGCGUCGAUCGCCGACCGCCGAUCUUCAACACAGAGGGAUAAAUGGAUAGGCAAGUGUUUACAGUUGAUCUUCUCGAGAGAUAUGCAACGAAGGGUCGAGGUGUGAUCACUUGUAUGGCUGCUGGCAAUGAUGUAAUUGUUCUCGGAACAAGUAGAGGAUGGAUCAUCCGGCAUGAUUUUGGCGUUGGAGAUUCUUAUGAUAUAGAUUUGUCUGGUGGUCGAUCUGGAGAGCAAUCUGUCCACAAGGUUUUUGUUGAUCCUGGCGGUAGCCAUUGCAUUUGCACGAUCACUGGUCCUGCAGGAGCUGAAACUUAUUAUACUCAUGCGAAGUGGCCCAAGCCCCGGGUGCUGAGCCGGUUGAAAGGUUUAGUUGUUAAUGCAGUUGGUUGGAACAGACAACAGAUAACUGAAGCUUCCACGAAGGAGAUUGUUCUAGGUACUCAUAAUGGGCAAUUGUUUGAGAUGGCUGUGGAUGAGAAGGACAAGAGAGAGAAGUACAUCAAGUUUUUGUUUGAACUAGAAGAACUUCCGGAGGCCUUCAUGGGUUUGCAGAUGGAAACAGCUAAUAUAAGUAACGGGAUGAGGUACUACGUCAUGGCGGUUACUCCGACUCGACUUUAUUCUUUCACUGGGAUUGGAACACUUGAAUCUGUUUUUUCUAGCUAUAAAGAACGUGCAGUACAUUUUAUGGAACUUCCUGGUGAAAUACCAAACAGCGAACUACACUUCUUUAUAAAGCAGCGGAGAGCAGUUCAUUUUGCUUGGCUUUCAGGAGCAGGAAUUUAUCAUGGCGGCUUAAAUUUUGGAGCUCAACACAGUUAUCCAAAUGGUGAUGAGAACUUCGUGGAGAACAAGGCUCUCUUGGACUACUCAAAGCUGAGUGAGGGCAUGGAAGCAAUCAAACCGAGUUCUAUGGCACUCUCAGAGUUUCAUUUCCUCCUCCUUAUUGGAAACAAGGUUAAGGUUGUGAAUCGGAUAAGCGAACAAAUUAUUGAAGAGCUCCACUUUGACCUAACAACAGAUUCAGCUUCUAGGGGUGUAAUUGGACUGUGUAGCGAUGCCUCUGCUGGACUUUUCUAUGCAUAUGAUCAAAAUUCGAUUUUCCAGGUUUCUGUAACUGAUGAAGGCCGAGAUAUGUGGAAGGUUUACCUGGACAUGAAAGACUAUGCUGCAGCUUUAGCAAACUGUCGGGACCCUCUCCAGAGAGACCAAGUUUAUUUAGUUCAGGCGGAAACUGCAUUAGCCUCCAAAGAAUAUCUUCGAGCAGCAUCAUUUUAUGCCAAGAUUAACUACGUAAUAUCCUUUGAGGAGGUCACCUUGAAGUUUAUUAGCAUAAAUGAACCGGAUGCUUUAAGAACGUUCUUACUGCAUAAGCUUGAUAAUCUUUCUAAGGAUGACAAAUGCCAGAUAACAAUGAUAUCCACCUGGGCAACUGAGCUUUAUCUGGAUAAGAUAAAUCGACUACUCUUAGAAGACGAUGCUGCUAUAGAAAAUCGUGGUUCAGAAUAUCACUUGAUCGUUCAAGAAUUCCGGGCUUUCUUAAGUGACUGCAAAGACGUAUUGGAUGAGACAACCACAAUGAAACUUCUGGAGAGUUAUGGUAGGGUUGAAGAAUUGGUAUACUUUGCUAAUCUCAAGGAGCAGUAUGGAAUUGUUGUUCAUCAUUAUAUUCAGCAAGGGGAAGCAAAGAAAGCAUUGGAGGUUCUCCAAAAGUCUUCAGUUCCUGUCGAACUUCAGUAUAAAUUUGCCCCAGACCUUAUUAUGCUUGAUGCUUAUGAAACUGUGGAGGCAUGGAUGGCUAACAAAGAUCUUAAUCCGAGGAGACUAAUUCCUGCAAUGAUGCGUUACUCAAGCGAACCUCAUGCGAAGAACGAGACACAUGAAGUAAUAAAAUAUCUCGAGUUCUGCGUCCACCGUUUGCAUAACGAAGAUCCAGGGAUCCACAAUUUGCUCCUCUCCUUAUAUACCAAGCAGGAAGAUGACAACGCUCUCCUUCGGUUCCUUCAAUGCAAAUUUGGAAAAGGGAGGGAGAAUGGCCCUGAAUUUUUCUAUGAUCCCAAAUAUGCUUUGCGCCUCUGUCUGAAAGAAAAGAGAACUCGUGCAUGUGUCCAUAUAUAUAGCAUGAUGUCUAUGCAUGAAGAGGCAGUAGCCCUUGCUCUUCAGGUCGAUCCCGAGCUUGCCAUGGCUGAAGCUGAUAAGGUAGAAGAUGAUGAAGACUUAAGAAAGAAACUCUGGCUGAUGGUUGCAAAGCAUGUAGUCAAGCAGGAAAAAGGAACUAAAAGGGAAAACAUAAGGAAGGCAAUAGCCUUUCUCAAAGAAACUGAUGGUCUUCUAAAGAUUGAAGAUAUAUUACCGUUCUUUCCGGACUUUGCCUUAAUUGAUGACUUCAAGGAAGCAAUUUGUUCAUCUCUAGAAGAUUACAACAAGCAAAUAGAGAAUUUGAAAGAGGAAAUGAAUGAUGCCACACGUGGUGCAGAUAACAUUAGAAAUGAUAUUAGUGCACUAACUCAAAGAUACGCUGUAAUUGACUGCGACGAGGAAUGCGGGGUCUGUAAACGUAAAAUCUUGAUGAUGACUGGGGAUUACAGAAUGGCCCAAGGGUACACUUCAGCUGGACCACUGGCUCCGUUCUAUGUGUUCCCUUGUGGACAUUCUUUCCAUGCACAGUGCUUGAUCACGCAUGUCACAAGUUGCGCGGACAAAAACCAAGCCGAACGUAUACUCGAUUUACAGAAGCAACUGACGUUGCUUGGUAGUGAAACACGGAGGGAUGCAAAUAGUAGUCUCCCCGAUGAAACCAUGACUGGUACAACUACUGCAGAGAAGCUCCGGUCAGAGCUGGAUGACGCGGUAGCCAGUGAAUGUCCAUUCUGCGGAGAAUUUAUGAUCAAUGAGAUCAGUCGGGAUUUUAUUAAACCCGAGGAAGCACAACAUGCUGCUUCAUGGGACAUCCAACCGCAAAAGGAUAUAGCGUUUCAGAGGACCAUUCUGUUGCCUGUUUGAUUGUCAGCGUCCAUUGCAGGUUCAGUUGACAUGUUUCCUGUUUUGCUCGUGUUGUGGAUAUUGAUCUUUGGGUGCUCUGUUAUGGAUGUAAUAUGCGUGCAUGAUUCUCGAUAGAGAACGAUCUCGGAAUUUAUCGAUUCUCUUUGUGUCGGAGCCUGUUUUGCGAGCUCCCAUGAAAGGUUUCUUCUCCUUCUAAGGAUUCUCUUUGUAUCGGCUGAUCUUCCCAGACAAAGGCAGGGAUGGACACGGAAGAGACAUGGAAACCAAGGCACUUGCUCUUCAUA